GGACGGAACUCUUAUAUAAUCAGAUUAAACCCUGGCGCGCCUCGUCCUUGUGGGUUCAAAGAGUGUACUUAAAGAUUAUAUUCCUGUGUAGGAAGACUGCCUGUCCGUGUUCAUGCCAGAUCUGCAGCGCUUCAGUUUUAAAUACCAUAGCAUGAAUCCUUUGUUGGGGGGCAACCCGCACCUCCAACAGCUCCCGCAGCACAUUCAAGGACACCCGGACUCCCCCUCAGGACUCCUGCCUGAAGCCGUGCUCGGUGGACCGGACCCGUCCCUCCUCCUGCUGGGUGAGUCCGACCAGACGUCACCUUUCUUGCACCACAGCAGCCCCUACCAGCACCGCGCUGCGGCGCCGCACCCCCCCGCAGCCAUGGCCCUCAGAAACGACCUGGGCUCCAACAUCAGCGUCCUGAAAACCCUCAACCUGAGGUUCAGGUGCUUCCUGGCCAAGGUGCACGAGCUGGAGCGCAGGAACAAGACCUUGGAGAAGCAGCUGCAGCAGGCUCUGGAGGCCAACAAGGCCUGCGCAGGUGGAUGCUGCAAGAGCAGGUGCAGCACCCAGGAAGCAGGGGUGCAGACUGGAUUUGUUGGGACCAUACCGCUCAGACCGGGCUCCCUUCCCUUCCACAACACCAACAACUCGGCCAGGAGGCCCACGACUCUGUUCACGCCUCCCCUCACCUCAUCCUUUGGACCAGCAUCUUCUGAGAACUCCAGUUCAACCCAAACUAACGGCACCUGUAACCCAGUCAUCACCAUCAGCCAGCCCUCCCCCUGUGUGGACUCUCCAGGUUCCAACAGAACCACCCACAGCAUCGGCACAGGCCCUGGCAACUCCACCAACCCUCCUCCACGCUUCCUGCCGGGGACGAUCUGGUCGUACAACCACACACGCAAGUUUGGACCCGGUGCUGAGCGUCUGACCAGCCCCGGAGUGUCCUGGAUGCACCCGGACGGGGUCGGGGUCCAGAUCGACACCAUCACCCCUGAGAUCAGAGCCCUGUACAACGUGCUGGCUAAAGUGAAGAGGGAGAGAGACGAGUAUAAACGCAGAUGGGAGGAAGAAUACACGAUGAGGACGGAUCUGCAGCAGAAGAUUGUAGACCUACAAGAGGACCUGCAGGAGAGCGAAGGCUGUCAGGACGAGCUGGCGCUCAGGGUGCAGCAGCUGAAGGCGGAGCUGGUCCUCUUCAAAGGCCUCAUGAGCAAUAAUUUGUCCGAUUUGGACAGUAAAAUCCAGGAGAAAGCCAUGAAAGUGGACAUGGACAUCUGCCGCAGGAUCGACAUCACCGCCCGCCUGUGUGACGUAGCCCAGCAGAGAAACUGUGAGGAUGUGAUCCAGAUGUACCAGGUUCCAAACAACCAGUCAUCUCUGAGUCUCCGGCGCAAACAAACCCCUCUGUCUUUUAACGGGAGCGAGUGUGAUGAAACCGUCAGCACCUCUGAAAGUGAUGCAGGCGGUGUUAAAGAAGAGGAGCGCUAUGGCUCCUCGGCCAAUCAGAUCAAUGAGGAGAUGCAGAGGAUGCUGACCCAGCUGCGGGAAUGUGAGUUUGAGGACGACUGCGACAGUCUAGCCUGGGAGGAGACUGAAGAGACGCUGCUUCUUUGGGAGGACUUCCCAGGAUGCACUCUGCCUCCAGAUCCCACCCACCCACCAGGAGAGGAGGACUGUCUGGAGAAGGUGAUUAGUGACACUGAAUGUUUGUUCAAAUCCCGGGAAAAGGAAUAUCAAGAGACUAUUGACCAGAUUGAGCUGGAGCUGGCCACAGCCAAGAGUGACAUGAACAGACACCUGCACGAGUACAUGGAGAUGUGCUCGAUGAAGAGAGGCCUGGAUGUUCAGAUGGAGACCUGCAGGAGGCUCAUCACACAGAGCGGAGACAACGGUAACCCUUCAGCACCCGGGUCUGCAGACGAGAGCGACCAGAGAGAAACGGACAGGUCUUCUUCUUCUCCAUCUUCCUCCUCAAGCUCCGGGAGAUCUUGACACUUCGUCAUCCAGCCACUAAAAAGAGGCUGCAAUCAAGUGAUGUCUGCUGCAUUCAACUACAGUUCAACGCAAUAUACACUUCCAUAACUACAGCUAAUCCAUGUUUACAUAUUUAUUCACAGAGUCGAGUCAAUGGUUGUGGUGUUCGUGCAAAUCAGUCUGGGAGGAAGAUAAACAUUUAGUAAUGGGAUGAGAAUGUGAAAAUUUACUGACUCUAAGCAGCAAGGCAACAGGCAAACAUAAUAAUUUAUAAUACACCAGACAUUUUAGAAUAAUACGAGCAUCUCUGUAAUCUGCUGUAAGAUCACUAGAAUCACUGUAAAGGUAAUUUCUCAUGUUUUUUUGUUUUUUUUUCAUCUGUUACCAAAAAAACGGUGAUCUGUAAAUGUACAAUCAGGGCUUUUGUUUUGACUAUAACUUUAAAUUUUAAAAAUAAUGUCCACAAAUAAUUUCAUAUCCA